AUGCGUCGUAACAAAGGUACUACUAAAAUUAGUAGUAUCAAGAAAGAAAUCCCUUCGGACAUCGUGUUGAAAAGGAGGAAGAAGAUGAAUGAAAUUACUACUAUUAUCAAGAAAGAAAUGCCUUGUGACGUCGUGAAAAGGAAGAAAACGAAGAAGAUUACUAGUAGCUACACUGUAGCUAAAGAUAUCCCUUCUGAUAUUAUCUUCCAAGUGCUCUCCAAACUGUCCAUUAAGACAUUGGACAGAUUUAAGUGUGUAUCGAUGUCUUGGUCUUCAAUGAUCCAUCAACCUGAAUUCAUGAAAGCUCAUACGCCUUGUGACGGUAUUCUCAUACAUCUCUUGCCCAAGUAUACUAUCUUGCCUGGCAAUAACAUAUCGUAUAUGAUGAAAGGCCUUUUUUACGCGUCUAUAAAUUAUGGGAAGAAUAAUGAAGAGUUUACUCAGCGAGUACGUUUGCCUUAUUGUGGUGGUUAUAAGGAUAUUACUCCGAUUGUAAAUGGCCUUGCUUGCCUUUACACGGGUCAUCAAGGUUCACUUUUUAAUAUAUCUACUCUUGAACUUAUGGAGCUUCCUUCUUCAAGUUUACGUGAUGAAGCACGUAGUGUUUGGUAUGCUCUUGGUUUUGAUGCUAUGGAUAACGUGUACAAAUUUCUUAAAGUUAGUACCAUUGCCAAUCGACUAGUCUAUGAGAUUCUCACGCUUGAAUCAAGUUCAAGAUCAGCAUAG